GUCAAGAGACAGCGAGAGGAGACAGAACCAGAAACAUCCCAUCAGUGCCGCAGAAGUCGAAAGCAUCAGAACGAUGGGAUUUCAACGACAAGUGUAGAUGGCUAUUACCUCUUUGGUUUGAUUUUAUUAUUACUGUUAUUAUCAUUUUAAGGAAUAGUCGUUCGUAAACUUGGGAAACUUUUACUUUUGUUCCACUCUGUACCUGAUGCUGAGAUGCGCAUGAAGUGACGGACAGCGAUCCUCGUGUCUUCUUCUGUCCCAGCGAGCUAUCAAAACGCAAUGAAAGACGAUUUUGCAGACGAGGAGGAAGUACAGUCUUUUGGAUACAAGCGCUUUGCCAUCCAGGAGGGCACCCAGUGCACCAAGUGUAAGAAGGAAUGGGCACUGAAGACCUCCAUAGCCUUGCUCUACGUGCUGUGCACCCUCCUCACCGUGGCCGUCGCCGUUCUCGGAUAUAAAGUGGUGCAAAGAGUGGACAGCGUUUCGGAAGGCAUCGCCAAUUAUGGCGGGAAGAUUAUUGCCGUGGAAACUGACUUGAAAAAGCUCGAUGAUCAGAGUGGAGAAAAGUCGGAGAACGCCACUACGGCGAUCCAUGCCUUCAAGAGUAAGGUGUCGGCGCUCCAGAGGCAGCUGUCGGCCAUGGAGGAGCAUCUCCACAGCGACCAGUUCAAACUGAGCCAGCUGCAAAACUUGGGCUCAGUAAUCCAGAGCAGCCAGGCCUCCGUGCGGGCUCUGCUGGACGGCAACGAGGCCGCCCUGCGCUUCGUCAACGGCACCCUGCACUCCUACAGCGGCGUCCUCGGGGGUCUGCGUGAUGACACGGGCCGGCUGCAGAGGGAGCUCCAACGGCAAGCCAAGCUCCAGAACCAGGUCUUGCUGACCAUCGGCGGGCUGAACCUGACGCAGGCGCAGCAGCGCGGCCUCAUCGAGGCUCUGCACCGCUCCGUGGAUGACACCGGGCAGAACGUCCAGAAAGUCCGCAGCGACUUUCAAAGUCUGGAGCAGACCGCCAGACAGACGCUCAGCGACACCGAGUGGCUUCGGGUUAAAGUGUACAACCUGCAGGUUCUGGCAACGAACGCCUCGGUGCUGUCCAAAGCCAACAACGACAGCUUGGAGGAGGUGGCGUCCCAGCUGGCCUCGGUGUCUGGCCAACUGCAGAACACCAGCAGCUUGGCCGACGUCCAUGACCAGUCCCUGAAGCAGAUCCUGGACCAGCAUAGGGACUUCAGCAAUCUCACCUCAUCCAAGUUGGAGCGUUUGGAGGUGCGGCUGGACCAAUCGGAGGAGGGUCUGGACCGCGUGACGGGCAACGUCAGUUUCACCACGCAGCUCCUGGGCGCCAUCAACCUCAACCUCAACGCCCUGCGCAGGUGCUCCGAGACGGUCGCUCGCCACUCGGACUUACUCGUCGGCCUCAACGGCAGCGUGGUCGACAUGAGGGUGGAUGCGGCCGGACUGCGAUCCCAGCAGGAGGACCUGGCGGCACGCUUGGAUAAAGAGGUCACCAGCCUCUCUAUCAUCAUGGAGGAGAUGAAGCUGGUGGACACCAAGCACUCCCAACUGAUCACUAACUUCACCAUACUACAAGGUCCUCCUGGUCCCAAAGGGCCACGAGGGGACAAAGGACCUCCAGGACCAAUUGGUCAAUCAGGCCAGAAGGGUGAGAAAGGGGACAAAGGUGUCGCUGGGUUACGAGGGACAAGAGGAGAGCAAGGUAUUCCGGGCCCGCCGGGUCUUCCGGGCAUAAGGGGCAUUCCGGGCGUCCCAGGCAACCCAGGGUCCAAGGGCCCCAGGGGAUCCGGUGGACGGGCUGGACCUUCUGGAGGUAAAGGCGAGCCGGGCACCGCUGGCCUGCCCGGUAGAGACGGCCAGCCUGGUCCUCAGGGGGCGCAGGGGCCCCCGGGCAUCCGGGGUCCGAUAGGCCCCGCUGGAGAACAGGGGCCCAGGGGACUCCAAGGACCAGUGGGGCCUGCGGGGCCACCUGGACCACCGGGAGUUUCCAUCCCCGUAAGCCCAGUGUCGCUCCAAGAUGAGGCGCUCGCUCCGGCAGCAGGGGCCUCAGGUAUGACCGCAGUCAGCAUCUGCGACUGUCAACGAUGCGAAGAUAUGAUUGAUUGUUCUUCAGGUUGUCCACCCGAGUGGCUUCACUACAGGCACAAGUGCUACACAUUCUCCAAAUACUUGCACAGCUUCGAUGACGCAAUGACCGCUUGCCAACGAAGCUCGGCGUCGUUGGUGAUUAUCCACGACGCGGAUGAACAGGAAUGGCUGCAGAAGCAGACGAGCGGCAAGGGCUACUUCUGGAUCGGCCUGACGGAUCGGGCGGAGGAGAACGUGUGGCGCUGGCUGGACGGGAGCCACCCGGCUUUCACGAAGUGGAAGCCCGGUCAGCCCGACAACUGGGGCCACGGCCACGAGAGCGGUGAGAACUGCGCCGGCCUCACUCACAACGGCCUGUGGAACGAUUUCUCCUGUGAAGACCUCAUUAGCUACAUUUGCCAGAAGCCACACACGGAUACACCGGUGAUCUCGUAGCAGCGAAGGCAGGACAGGUGAGGGCGGCAGCUAGGCCGGACACCACGCAGGUUCUGGUCCACACAAAAAAGGGACGCCUUGAGUGCAAUACAGCAGCAGCCAAAGGAAGGACAAUAUUUUUUUUUUUUAUAUACUGUAUAGUUUUUACAAAUCUACCACGAGUUUGAGCUACAUUUUACUGAAUAUCUGAAUGUUUAUUUCACUAUGCAAACAUUUUUUUCUUUUUUUUGGAAGAGAUUAAAAGGUAAAUCUGUUACCUUCAACUCAAGUGCUAUCUACAGUGGGACACUUUUUGCCAGGCUGCCUUUUAAAGACACACAGUGACCUCGAGUGGACGAAAAUAAGAACUGCACCUGACGUGCAUUUGUUGGUACAGUGUACUAAAACUACAAAAAUUCUUCUGUAUUCCAACAAUCUUUUUAAAUACCGAUAUCCUUGUCAAAAUGUGACACUUUUCACGUCAUUAAAAAAAAA